AUGACCGAUAUCCGCCGGUCACGAUCGAAUACGUCAAUGUCUACGAGAAGCAAUCGUCCUCUUUCACGCGCGUCGACGACGAGCGUGCAUUCGUUCGAGCAAUUCCAACAACCGCAGCAAACGCGGCCCAACCAAUUUCCCCAGCAGCCGCAGUAUCAUGCUUCAUUCACUACCAGUGAAGCGUUACAGCCUGCAUUACUCCAAGCCGCGCAACAGGUCAGCGCGCAGGACCAGCUUAUCAACAUGAGUCUGGAGAGUGUUCAGCAGUAUCUUGGUUACCCAGCCGACCCAACCGCGUCUCACCCUCAACCGAACGGUCAGCCCGCACAACCCGAUCACCAUGCCUACCAGAACUCCCUCUCUCAGCAUUCACAACAUUCGCAGCAACACAGUUUCAUGGCGCCGCCGAUGGAUACGGAGGAUAAGAAAAAAAGGCCGUCGACCUCAGGUGCCGCGACCAACGACAAGGAAUUGCGCCAGCUGCUGAACCAGAACGAAGGCCGCAACCUCAAGGAGGUCGCAGCUGAGGUCAUCCAGAAUGACAGAACAUCCAAGGCAGAGAAGUCGAAACAACUGUUCGCCAUGUUAUGGUUACAGUCUGUCUGCCGUGUUGCGAAGACGUCAGUACCGCGCAACCGCGUCUACUCCAAGUACGCAGAGCGCUGCGGCACCGAUCGCGUUAUCCCCCUGAACCCAGCAUCUUUCGGCAAGCUCGUUCGCGUCAUUUUCCCCGGCAUCCAGACCAGGCGCCUCGGUGUUCGCGGAGAGUCCAAGUACCAUUACGUCGAUCUCGAACUCAUCAACGACAACGACAGUGGCGAAGAGGCACGUCGGGGCAGCAACGGCCCCGCUGCCCAUCAUGCUAUGAAGCGUCAGGCUUCUGGGACACCGAGACUCAACCUUGAUGCUAUCCCCCGGUUACCUGCAGACAGCGCACAUUUUCCACCACGAGAGGCACGCGUGGAGCCGCAGAACACUUACUACACUCCAGCCUCGUCCCGCGGCGUCUUGUUCACCGACAUCUACUCCUCCAAUUUCUACCCAUCUCACGCGCGUACCAAGACGUCGUACGAGCACGAGCUCAAGUUUCCAACGCCAGAUAUCCUCGAAGCUCCAGAUGCUUUCGUAGUCGAAUUGCCAGACAUUAAACCCUAUUUACCAGCGCGUACCGAUCCCGAUUCCGCCGAUAAUCUCGUCGCCAUGUACCGCUCACAUGUCGUUUCGCUGGUCGACUCAGUGCGAUACUGCAAGGAGAAGCAAUUCUUCCGCCUCUUUGGUACUUUCCACGGGACAUUAACUGUGCCAGUGCAGAAGUUGUUCGCUUCGCCCGAACUGGCUCCAUGGAUCAAGGAGUGCGACUGGAUGAUGUACCAGAAGAUGAUUCGCAACGUUUCCCAGCUCACCCUUCAGGUAGCGCCACCGGCAGUAUUAAAAUUCCUCGACAACGUUGCAAAGACGUUGCAUGCACAUAUUGCCGCCAAGUUCGCGCCGCUACCCAUACAUGUACUCGAAGCAAAGCUGGAACCCGCUACAUUGUUCGCACAUCUUCUUCGACAGAUGCUUCGUGUAAAUUCCGCUGCACACGCAGCAGCCGUCAUGCUCACCGCAGAGAGCCAUCGCACCCAGAUGUUUGCUGACUGGCUGGAGCACGUCAACAUCAAACGCAUCAUUGCCAACGAAUUGCCCGCCUCCUGUGCGCACGAGGAGGUUUACAACAUCCUAACUACCGAGAUCCGCUCGAUGCUAGGCCCGCUACCACAAGAGAUCCAAUUGCCUUCCGGUACCAUUCAUCGCGCAGCAUAUCCCGACCCACCCGCAGAUCCUUCAGAGUCCGUCAUCGAUCGUAUCGCAGCAUUCUUGACACAAUUGCCGUCCCGCUUUCCUGGCGCACACGCUCGCACGAUCAUGCACUGCAUCAGUGCGCUUGGUUCGGCCGCCAUACGCGAGAUUACCGUCGAGAAUGGAAUCAGUUUCCAAGGUUGGUGGCUCACCAAGGUCUUCGUGGAUGAGAUGGCGCAAUGGUUAGCAUCACUAGGUGGGUUUCUAGGCCAUGCGCCCCCAGACUGGAGCUCGUCCAACUACUCGCCUGUAAUGGGUGAAUCCCUCAAUGCGGCCAUGACGAACGGUGGCAGCGGCAGCAACAACGAGAGCAGGUAUAGCAGCCUGGAAGCCGACUUUGGACCAGAUCAAUCCUUCAUCUCCAACGCUAGCCAUGUCACCAUCCAGGACAAUGGAUCAAAUCAGGAAGUCAAUGCUGGACGAUUUACUCAACCAUCAUCACAAUACAACAUGAGCUUUCAGUACGAGUACGACAUGAACACUUCCCAACAAGAGCCAAACCAUGACGAUAGUGGUAUAGGCCUCGGCCUCGGCGUACAGGAAGACGGCAUUGACGCCAAGUUUGCGUCUCAUCUAUCUUCAGCUCUUUCGCAGAGCGUCAGCUAG